GGUGGCAGGGUCUGGGGAAGGGGCGGCAGGCGCCAUGUCCGGCCACGAAGGUGGCAAGAAGAAGCCACUGAAACAGCCCAAGAAGCAGGCCAAGGAGGUGGACGAGGAAGACAAGUCUUUCAAGCAGAAACAAAAAGAGGAGCAGAAGAAACUCGAGGAGCUAAAAGCGAAGGCCGCGGGGAAGGGGCCCUUGGCCACAGGUGGAAUUAAGAAAUCUGGCAAAAAGCAAGCUGUUCCUUGUGCCUGAGGAGAUGGUGACCCUUUAUUUCAUCCGUAUUUAAACCUCUCUAUUACCUGCCAUAACAUCUUUUGCCACGUAUAGCUGGAAUAAAGUGUUAUCUUGGAGCUGUUGUACAUUUAAGAAUAAACUUUUGUAAAAAAAAAAAAAAAA